GGCGACUACACAGCCACCCUAAGGUCUCCGACCGGCAACCCGGCCGAUCCAGCCUUGACGGCACACGGGAUCAGCCAGGCGAACGAACUCGCCGAGAGAUUGCUGGUCGUGGAGCCGCCCAUCGAGCGUGUCUACUCGAGCAUGUACUACCGCUGCCUGCAGACGGUUGAACCCUUUGUUCGCAAGGCGCGGGCCCCCAACACGACUGCGGCCGGCGGCUCAUCCGCACCCUUGAGGAUCCGAGGAGAGACGGGCCUGGGCGAGUGGUACGGCUCUGCGGAGUUUGCGCAUCCGACACCGGCGAGCCUCGAGACGCUCAGGCCGCUGUUUCCGGAUCUGCUCGAGCCCGAUUACAGGCCAGCAGUCACGCCUAACCGCAUGGGAGAGGGCAUUGACGAGCUGCAUGACCGGGUAGCGGCGGCCGUGGACGCCGUGAUUGCCGAAUGUGACCGGGACGGCGUACGAGCCGUCCUGCUGUGCACGCAUGCCGCCGUCAUCAUUGCUCUGGGGCGGGUCUUGACGGGGGAAAUGCCUGAUGAUGUUGAGGUCGAGGACUUUCGGGCCUUCACAUGCGGGCUGAGUCUGUAUCGGCGGCGGCGGCAGCAAGUGUCGGUGACGGAAACCUCGCCCCUGGGCUGGAGAGGGGGCCGAGGAAUCCGCGGGGGUUGGGACUGCGAACUGAACAGCGACUGCACACAUCUGUCAUUGGGUGAAGAACGAGGCUGGAAGUUUUCCGGGGACGAAUCUUUUGAGACCACCGCCAAUGGCCCGAGCAUGUUGGAUGCGGGCACCCGGGCGAGAGAAAUGUUGGAGGUAAACAAUGAUUCCACAAGUCGAUCCGGGAGUGUCAGGGGUAAGCUGUAG